UUAAUGCAACUAUCGCCCAACCAAAUGCUUUUACUCCUUUGAGUUGCUGCUGUGAGUUGGGGAUAAGGCUGCGGAAAUCAGUGAAGUUGAGCAAAGUCAUGGCAGAUUGGCAACGUAUCUUGAGCAAGAACACUGGUGGUUGCAGUAGGAAAUCAAUGAGAUAUGAAGAUUUUGAUGAAGAAGAAGUGUGGUCUUAUGAGAAGAAGGAAGAUUCAAGUUCCACACCAAGGAAACCUAGGGAGUCCUCAAGGUCUUCCUCUGCAUGGCGCCUUCCAAGCGCACCAAGAAUGAUCCAAAGAGUUAGCAACUCAGCAAGCCAUGAAGCCAAGGUGGCUCAGCAAUCAUCAACUCCAAUGAAUAUCCCUGAUUGGUCCAAGUUAUAUGGCAAGCAUGCAAAUAUGGAGUCGUCCAGAAACGGAUCAUAUGUUGACAACAGGGAUGGAAUUGCUUAUAAUGAUGGGGAUUAUGGUCGUUGUGAGGAGGAUGAAGAUGAUGAUAUUGUCCCUCCACAUGAAUGGCUAGCUAGGAAGCUUUCAAGGAGUCAGAUUUCUUCUUUCUCCGUUUGCGAAGGGAUGGGAAGGACGCUUAAAGGCAAAGAUCUCAGCAAAGUGAGGAAUUCAGUUUUGACAAAAACAGGUUUCCUCGAGCAUGUAAUGAACUUGGAACUAGAAAACGGUCUUAAAACAAGUUGGAGCUGCCUUUUUGCCGUGGUUUUUCAAGAAGAGGAAAGGAAAAAAAAAAAAAAAAGAAAGUUGGCUGCCUCUGAGAUUUUGUCUGCUUGUGGAAUAGGGUUUGUUUGUGUUUUGUAUAUAGUUGGAGUGCACCUUUAACAGUAAACAGAAAUAGUCAAUCAUCUUUCAAUUCUUCUUUUGGCUGCUCUUACAUUUAUCAUCAAAUUUUAGAUCUUUAUAGUUGAUUUAACAAUUUUUAGUAGUAGUUAGUAGUUCUAAUUCCUUCAUGACUGUUGUUUUUCCUCUCAGUGUCCAUAUAUUUUAAUGGUUUUUUUGUACUUCCCUUCUCUAUUGUUUCUUUUGUUUUUGCGGGUCAAAACGCCAAACAACAAAGUCAACAGUAAAGCGUCAAACUUUCAUCCUGUCCAAAAUUUGACCUGUUUCUAUAAUAGCCAAACCCAGAUUUUAACAGGUUAACCCCAGCCAAGAUGAAGAAUCACAAACAUUGGCACUCUCGCAAUUCUCAUUUCAAUGAAUCAAUUCUUUAUUUAUGUUCUUCAUUUUUAGCUGUUAGCUGAUUACUCUCUUGUUCUUGCUGCUUCAACUCCAAAGCUAUGUCUCCUCAAACAAGAUAAAAGGAAAAGAAAUCUAUACUUAUAGGGCAUAAGAUAAAAGUAUUCAGAUGCAUCUUCAGCCAUUUCCUUCAGAAUCAGGGGCCACCAUUAUACAAAAAGUUUGCAGAAGGGAAUCGUCUUGCUGCUCCUGGUUGGGCAGAUUUUUAUCAUAUUUAUAUAACUAUUAUCUAUAUACAACACAGCCUACAUUUUGAUUCAAAGAUUGUACUCUUGCAUCUCCACAACUUGGUUUUUGGUUCUACCCUUUUGCCGACACGAAUUCAACUAUUUUUUUCCCUCAAUAAUUCUCCCACCACUUCCUCUGCUUAAACGUAUGACCCUUAAUUCGUUCAAAGGACCACUCAACUCUCUUUCUGCUUGCCAUCAGCCACAUGGAAAGGUGUCAUGCAUAAGCCACAAGUGGUGCUCCCAUUAAAAUGAAACAAAUCUAGUUCUAACUUACAACACAUUAAUUUUAUUAUUCCUUUGAACUUGCUGUUGCUGUUGCUCUCAUCUUUAUUGCCCCUUUGUGGUAUUAUUAUCUACUUUAUACCUUAUCAAGGAUAUGCCAACACAAGUUAGGGCUUAAAGUUGUUUCUGAUUUUGACCUGUACAUCCUUUGCCAUUAAUUCAUCACAACAAACCAUUUUUGUCAAAUGGAUGUUCCAUCAUUUAGAAAGGUACCAUGGCUGGCUGCCACUAUCAUAACUACUCCCAUCUUUAUCUUUCAAAUUAAUCGAUUGAUGAAAAAUCUAGGCUAGGAACAGAGCCGUUUUCAUUUCCAUACCUAGCAGCAACUCUCACUCAAACUUCCCUUUUCACCACAUUUUGUUCUUGUUUGUAGUUUAAUAUUUUAACAUCGAUUUACUAAAGUACUGCUAAUUACUCUUUU